AGUAUCAGAUCCACAAAAAUUAUGGCUUUUUCAGCCCACAGGCAUCAUCUCCUUUUGAUUGGUGUCUUAAGCUUCUGUGUAGACAGUUCUGCAUGCAGUCAAAAAAAUAACACACUGAUUUUCACCAAAGAAAAUACAAUUCGUAAGUGCAUGUGUCCUGAUAGUAUUAAUAACAAUGACUGUGAUUAUAGCCUGGCAAAUCUAAUUUGUAACUGUAAGUCUGUUUUCCCCUAUACAAUAGACAAAACCUACUACAAUAAUUUGGUAAUUUGGUUCACUGAAACAUAUAUGUUGAGAUUCCUGUUAAAUGUUACAUCUGUGCUUAAUCUAAAACUCUCCCUCUGUGGCACUAUUCCUUUGUCAACAAAAUAUUUGACUAUUUGGGGAUUACGAAGAUUACAGAUAAGAAGUGAGAAUAAUGGCCAAUUACAACAGCAGAGUUUAACAAUCUCUACCAGCUGUGACAACGGAACCCAAGACAAGUUGCAGAUGUCAUACAAAGACAGAAACGUGAUUACUCAUGUUGUUGUUUUAGACACAUCUCUUUUCAGUGGCAGCGGCCCAUUGAAAUCAUACAGUGUAGAAAAUAUUUCCAACAUUUCAGACCAGUUUCCACAUUUGGACAAAUUUUUCACCUCAAGUAACAAAAGUUGUAUCAUAACAUUCAUUUAUUAACAC